AUGUUACUGGCGUUGGCGAGUGGGACGUUCGCUGCUAGUCUCGCACGACAACCGAUCCUGCAGACGCAGAUCCACCGUCACCUGGAAAUGGUCUGGACCGAUAAAGGCAGUGGUGCCACGCGGGACGGUUCCUUCUGGCAACCCGUCGGCCUUCCUCUAGGAUACUUUUACCUCGGUCACUACGCCAAGCAAGGACAUGUCAUCAACUCCGGCCACGACUACGCCGUCCUCGUCAAAGCGUUGCCGGGACACGAGGAUGCCCUGCGCCCACCCAGUCGUCUGGAAUGGGUGUAUGACGACGAGAAAACCGGGGCGGAUUUGGAUGUGACCAUCUACAACCCGGUGCCCACUGCCGGGUACACCUGCCUGGGACAUGUGGCGCUGCGCUCGCGUCGCCGGGAUGCCUCGCCCAACGAGUUCCCGGAACUGCGCUGUGUGAAGACCGAAUACGUACUGGCAGCCGUCGCCGGGGAGGAAGCCUGGAAUGAUAAGAAGUCCGGUGGAAAGCACGAUUUCUCGGCGUGGCGCAAUGUACCCGGGACCGGUGCGGAUGGGCUGGAUGUGCACACGUUUGUGGGGCACCGCUCCUACGACCGGCCUCACAGUUUACCGAGUCAGAAUGUUUUGAACCGGGCAUAUGUAAAAGAAUAA